UUUAUAUUUGGUUUUCUCAGAAUAUAAAGACAGAUGACCAAAUUUUAUAGUUAAAGAACCAAACCAAUUCGAUUGGGUUGGUUUGGUUUUCGAUCUCGGUUUUUUCCUAGCAAAAACUACAAAAACCCUUCCCUCGUCCUUGUUUCAUCCGUCUUCUCCUAUGGCGACUCAGCUCUUCGUCUCUCGCUCUCUCCCUUCUAAAGCCCUAAUUUUGUCUUCUAUGUUUACUCGUUCGUUUCUCGCUACAGGCGGAGCCACCAUCUCCGCCUCUUCUCACUCCUCUUUCUCCCUUCUCCGCCGCUUCCGUCCCCUUGUUGCUAUACCCGCCGCUGAUUUCCGCCGUCUCUCUCCGGCCCUGACCGUGAGGGAUUUUGCUACUCGUGUCGCUUCUUCGUCUCUCAAUGAUCCCAAUCCCAAUUGGUCUAAUCGCCCACCUAAGGAGACCAUAUUACUUGAUGGGUGUGAUUUUGAACACUGGCUCAUUGUCAUGGAGAAACCAGAUGAACAACUCACGAGGGAUGAGAUUAUCGACAGCUAUAUCAAAACGCUUGCCAUGGUUGUUGGAAGUGAGGAAGAAGCUAGGAUGAAGAUAUACUCUGUUUCGACAAGAUGCUACUUUGCAUUUGGGUGCCUUGUUUCUGAAGAACUUUCUUACAAAAUCAAAGAACUGCCUAAGGUUCGUUGGGUUCUUCCUGAUUCAUACUUGGAUGUUAAGAAUAAAAGUUAUGGAGGGGAGCCUUUUAUACACGGACAAGCUGUUCCUUAUGAUCCCAUGUACCAUGAAGAAUGGAUUAGAAACAAUGCUAAAGCUGGCGAGAGGAAUAAGCGCAUUGUUAGACCUCGCAAUUUUGAUAGGUCAAGAAACUUUGAGAGGAGGGAAAACAUUCAAAAUAGAGAAUUCCCAAAUGCUUCUCCCAAUCAGCCGCCGCCGUACAACUUUAACAGACCACCUCCACCACCACCAAACAACUAUAACAGUCCACCACCUCCACCGAACAACUUUAACAGACCACCACCACCGCCACCGAACAACUUUAAAGGACCGCCACCACCACACAACUAUGGAGGGUCACAGCCAAAUAACUACUGGGGAGCACCACAGGCAAACAACUAUGGUGGACCUUCAAACUCGGGUAGGAUGCCGGCACAGAACGAUUAUGGAGGGCCACAGCCAAAUAACAACUGGGGAGCACCAUAGGCAAACAACUAGGGUGGACCUUCGAACUCGGGCAGGAUGCAGCCUUAUGCUGGUGGAUUGUCUAACAAUGUGCAUAACAAUUAACAAGAAUUGUCCUCAACUGGUCAGGGCAGUCUCAGACUUGCAUUAUUCAUUAGUUCUUUUGAGUUACUUGCUGUUUGGUUCAAACCACAAAUCCUAAUGGUAAUUGAGUAUUAGCUUAUAGAGUUUAGUUUAGCUUCCUGGUGGGCAUAUGCUUAAAACCUGUUAGGUGUUCCAGAUGCAAUUACAAUUUAAAAUAAACAUCCGUGAGAUGACGUAAUAUUCAUAAUGUUGUGUUAUCUUUGUUAUGAAGUGCGCAAUGAUAUUGUCUCUUUUGGCCUA